AUGCGGGGGUUGGCGGCUUACUCUACCCGCCUGCGGGACCAGACCACAGAGUCCUGCUCUUCGGCUGUCGCCAUGGGCAACAAGCUCCUGGCAGACCUGGUCUACAACGAGGUGACAAGCACGUCAUACGUGAGCCUCCUGCACUCCGUCGAACUCAACAUCAUCGGCUUCACCAUGGAGCCAGCCUACUCUGCCGUGGGCGCGCUCGGGGGCUCGAUAGCCACGCGGAACGGGUUUGGAAAUGGCUGGACGGGCGACAGGGACUUCGAAGAGCGAGCUGAGCUGAGCCGUUUUGCCUGGGCCAGCCUCGAGCCCCAGUGGCGUGAGAAUUUCGGCACCCCCAUAGAUGGGUUCAGCGCCCAGGUUGCCAACAACGGUCGCAGGGCUCGCACCGACAACUUGCUCCUUGGCUUCGCAUCCGGGCAGACGGUCGGCAUCAGCUUCUGGACCACCAGGACGGAUUACUGCCUUGAAGCGGACUGUGAUUGGACUUGCUGGGAGGACGGCUUCGCAUUCUCAGGGCCGACGAUCGAGACCGUCAGUGUGAUGCCGGGCAACCUGGCAAAGUUUGACUGCCGCGACCGGUGCCAGUCCCAUGAGGGCUGCAACUACUGGACCGUGAUGACCGUGACCGGGGACUGCUUUCUGAAGAGCGCCUUAGGCAACCGAACCGAGGCCAAUUUUACGAUCUCCGGGACCCCCAUCUGCGACCCGGAUGUCUCGGAGGUCAUCGGCUCUAUCGGGUACGUUGCCGAAGGGACCCAGAUGAUGUUUUGGCAAGUGGAUCAGACGGGCAAGCCUGGGCAAAUGUUCGCCUCGACCAGCCAGGAGGAGAGCCGGUGA